CACGGAACGUGGGGGCGAUUGUCUGCUGCAGUUGUUUCCUGCCCAUUGAACUGGUCAGCUGUUGGUCACCGUCGGGUGAACCAUGAAGGCGGCUACGAGAGGUUUUAUUCCGAGUACCCAGAACUCUGUGCAAAGUCGAAAGCCCUGAGCAGCACUUCUGCCCCUGCCAGCGCGGAGCCAGCGGACCUGGGGUGCAGCACCUGUGGGACCCCUCUGCAUGACCAGGGAGGCCCUGUUGAAAUCCUGCCCUUCCUCUACCUGGGCAGCGCCUACCACGCAGCCCGGAGGGACAUGCUGGACACUCUGGGCAUUACGGCCCUCUUGAACGUCUCGUCGGACUGCCCCAAUCACUUCGAGGGGCACUACCAGUACAAGAGCAUCCCGGUGGAGGAUAACCACAAGGCUGACAUCAGCUCCUGGUUCAUGGAAGCCAUCGAGUACAUAGACUCUGUGAAGGGCUGCCACGGCCGGGUGCUGGUGCACUGCCAAGCCGGCAUCUCCCGCUCGGCCACCAUCUGCCUGGCCUACCUGAUGAUGAAGAGGCGCGUAAAGUUGGAGGAGGCCUUUGAAUUUGUCAAACAGCGCAGGAGCAUCAUCUCCCCCAACUUCAGCUUCAUGGGGCAGCUUCUGCAGUUUGAGUCCCAAGUGCUGGCCACCUCCUGCGCCGCUGAGGCAGCCAGCCCCUCCGGAGCCCUGAGAGAUCGGGGCAAGGCCUCCACCACCCCCGCCUCCCAGUUUGUGUUCAGCUUCCCGGUCUCCGUGGGCAUGCACACGACCCCCAGCAGCCUGCCCUACCUGCACAGCCCCAUCACCUCCUCCCCCAGCUGUUAGGGCCGGGCACAGACUACGGCAGGCAGGAGGCCGACCUCACGCCGUGAGACUGCAAUAAUGGAGGGCGCCUGCCCUGCCCCCGGAGCGCAAGCAAUAACGGCUGGCUUGCCGCCCGCUUCCAGCCCUGCGGGGGCCCUGCUCCCUCAGACAUUUCUUACCUCAUUUUUUUUAAGCAGCGAGGCUUGAAGUUGUGAAAUCCUGACAAUGUGUCUGACCAGUUCUGUUUGGGGAAGAAAAUGACAAUUUCCCAAAGAGCCUGGUUUUGGUUUUUUAAUUUUUUUAAUAAAAGGUCCCCCCCACCCAGCAGAAGCGUUUUAGCCAGGGCAGGAGCCGUGAUCGAAAGCAGACUUGUGAAAACCCAAGCUGAGCCUCCUGCAGGCUGCAGGGACUGAAUGUGGGCCCUCAGAGCCGGUUCUAGAACACAACAGGCGGGUCUCAGCAGCCAGGGCACAAAUCCGCUGCACCGCCCUGCGAGGAGACCCUGUAGGGUUCCCACGUGCUGGGAGACGUGUGGGAGUUCAUCACUAUGGCCCGGACUCUGUGCUUAGGGGGGCGCUUGUGGGGGAUACGGCCCAGUGUAUCCCCUCCCCUUCCUCACCCUGCGUGGGGUGCUGUUGCUUACCUCACAAAAGGGUGGCUGCUUUCCUGGGGCAUGGCUGCUGCUUGUGCACUUGCUCUGCACUCCCUGCUCCUCGAGCGCUGCAUGGCCUGGCAUGAGCUGUGGUGGUCUCAGCUGAGGGCCUGGCCUGGCUGCUUGAGAUCCCGCCUCAGGAUCUCUAAGGCAAGUGCCCUGCUGGCAAGCUGGAGCCCUUAGCACAUUGUG